UUUGUAAAAUUGCAAUAUUUUGUGUAUCAUUAAUGUUGCAAAAAGUAAUAAAUUUGAUGAAUAAAAAUUAAAAUGAGUAUUGAUCCCGAUUUGGUUAUUGGCUCCGUUAGUGAAUACAUUAUUUGUCUAAUCUGUUUUGGCGUAUUUGAUGAUCCAAUAGAAUGUCAUCCAUGUGGCCAUGUAUUCUGUCGCAAUUGCGCAGCGAGAUGGUUUGAAAAUCAUGAAUAUUGUCCAGUUGACCGCAAGCGUGUAACUCAUAAACAAUGUCCUUUGGGUAUAGUUCUUAAAAUGCUUACGCGUACUCACCUUAAAUGUGAAUACUUCAAUAAUGGUUGUAAGGAAAUCCUUAGAUUAUGUGACUUUAUAAACCACACUAAAACUUGCGAAUUCGGUCCCGAAGGGGAGUUAAUAUGUCGAAAAGGCUGUGGUUGUAAAAUCAAAAGAAAGAACAUUGAAAUGCAUGAUUGUGUUGCACAUCUAACGGAACUAAUAGCUGCACACCAAGACAAAAUAUACCCAGAUAAACAGGCAUUGAGGUGCUGUGGUGAAACCUUGGAUUGCUUAAAAAGGGAAUGGAGUCAAAUGUGUGAUUUCAUGUACAUGAAACAUAAAAUUGACAGAAAACCACAGGAUAAAAUAAGUAGAUUACCAAUAGCUAUUCACCAUUGUUUUCAAAUGUGGUCGACUUCUUUACCGUUGGCUAGUGUAACAAUGUGGGGAAAAAUUUUCCCAAGACCUGGUGCGAGACUCCAACGUUGUUUAAAGAAAGCGUUAGCUAAGCAUAAAUGCCCACAAAUGUUUGCUGAAAUGCUUCUUAAGAACUCAACUGAAACCAAUUGGCCGUUUGGAAUAAGUGACAUGUAUGUUCGUAAAAAACAUUUGAGUAUUUUGAAUACAUUUGUCCUUAGAAAAAUACCGGAUAUGCAAGCAGUUGUUAUGGAUUUUCAUCAAAAUAGGCACGUCUCAUUAGAGUAUAGAACGUAUCCUGGAUUGGUAUUCGUUUUUGAAAGUGGCGUUGAAUAAUAAUUUUGUAAAUAAUAUUGAAAAUUUUUCUUCUGAUGGCUGUUAAAAGUUUAGCUGUUGCGUUUGAAUUAACCACAUGACAUUUUUCGAAUUUUCAUUGUUAUUAUCACACGGAUUUUUUCGAAAGCAUUAUAUCGUAUGAUGAAGCCUUCUAGCAAUGAAAUGUGCCAAAGCAGUCUUAUAUAUGGAUUAAUUCCAAAAAUAAAAUAUACAUGCAUUGAAAUAAAAUGUCGUCAGUUAAUUGAUCAUAA